CCGCGUGCGGCAGACAAAAGCGCAUGAAAAAUUCAUUGGGAUUCGUCGGAACCGAAAGUUUAACGUCAGGACAUCGCCAACAACAACAAGGACCACUUUAGCAUAUAGCAUACAGAGCGACUGCUAGUCCUAAACGUCUAUCGUUAGGUGUAACGAGUCAACAUGCAAAUUGCCUGCCCCGGCCCCGUGCCCCGCACCCGUACUCGCAGUAGUCGCAGCCAGGACCAGAAUCCGACAUCCCCAUCAUCAUCAUCGCAGGCGGUGGAAGUGGAACGCACCGUAGAGCCAGCAGGAGCGCAAUAAAGAUUGCCUAUAAAUGGGCGGAAGUGCCAGGGGCGUGGGGUGGCCGAGGGGGGAGGCUGAGGUGCAGGAUGUACUACGCACAAGGACGUUGAGGGGGGCCGGCAAACAGCAACAGCAACAGCUAGAGCAACAGCAGCACAACAAAGCCAAACUUCCGCAUAGGAUGCGCCCGAACGGAAGUUAUUUCGGCCGCCUGAACGUGAGCGCACUGCUCAUCUACUUGUGGUGCUAUCUGCUCCUGAUAAUGGCAGCAUCUGGCGGCAGCAGCAACGUGGUGAACGGGCUCAAAUGCUACUGCAAUCCGAAGGAGUGCGACGUUAUCCGCUCGCCCGACUGCCCCGGAAAAGGACUUAUGCUCUGGGAUCCCUGCAAAUGUUGUCGCAUAUGCGCCAAAACUUUGGGCGAGUCCUGCGGCGGACCGGGCGGAUUUUCCGGUCAAUGUGAGCCGCCCCUGCAGUGUGUGACCAAGCUGCCCAUUAGCAGCGGAUUGGGCGUAUGCAUGGAUUUGCAGCACCUGACCGCCCUGACCUACAGUCAGCACGAUAAUUGUUCCGACAGCGAUUCGAUUGUUUUGCAGCCGGGCUGCGAGAUCACAAACAAACGCUGCCAGUGCUGGCCCACAAUGCGCACCUGUCUCAGCGAACUGACCAGCGAUGGGGGAUCCCCCGGCGACUCCCGUUGGCACUUUAAGAACCUGGAGGACUGCCAGUUGAACUUGCAAAAUCUAAUUAAACUCGAACUGGAAUUCGAUGAAGACUACAAAAUCUCACCGAGCAAAUUCACAUACAAAAAGCUUCGCAGAAAGCGAAAAUCGUUAAGAAAACGCAUAAUCAUCUUGAAGGAUUGAGGCUUUAAUGUGCCAUUGGGAUCAUCCUCUUUCUGAACUCUUAACUCAAUAAAACCAAAUGAAAAAUCUUGUACAGAUAGUAUGCUUACUUCUAACUAAUAAUAUGGCUAUUAAAAAUAACAUAUAUAUAACAACUUAUAAAUAUACAAGAGGAAAUAUACAUAUGAGAAAUAGACAAAAUUUAUGUAUCCUAAGACAUUUGUUACUUUAUUGUUUUUAGAGUGCGCGUACGUAUGUAUAAAUUUGCAAUUUUUAUUCCUACUGCCCCGAAAACAAAAUAUACAAACAAUAAAUUGAAAAUAUUUCAAGAAUGUUGUUGCUUUAAAAAUAACAAAUACAAAGUGUGCAAAAUGUUGGAAUUUUCCAUAGGCAUAAGUCAAGCCAUUCAAUAAACAAUAACCCGAAUGACAAAUUUUGCUAACACGAAACAGCAUUGAAAAUAUAUAAGUGGCC